AUGUCGGUUACGAAUUCUCUAUCAGAUGCGUACAAAAACGCCCUCGAAACUUACGAAGGAUUAAACAGGAAGAGAAAACUCAAGGACGAAGAGUUAGCUCUUCUUAAAAAGAAUGCUAGCAUCGGCGACGUCUUACAAGCUAUCAAGGACGCGAAAGUUAAAAAUGAGUCAGGGAGAAGCACUGCAACAAACCUAAUACACAAGAUUACUCCCGCUUAUAUUGAGAAGUUGGACCGAUUUUCUAAAGUUAUAGAAAUAGCUAUACAGUCCCAUCCCGAAAUAGCGGCUCUUGCAUGGAGCGGCGUCAAAUUCGUUAUCCUGAUAUCCCAGGACAUAUUCCGUACAUACGAGAAGAUAUGCACUAUUUUGGAGAAGAUAUCACUCUGUGUUGAACGGUUUUCGCAUAUUCUCAGUCUGUAUGGGAGGACGAAUCUUCUUGACUCAAGGGUCGUGACAUUUUACUGCGAUAUUAUAGAGUUUUGUUUGGAGACGACAAAAUUCUAUGCCCGAUCGAAGUUGCGAAAACUUGCAGCGUCUAUCUUAGGGCCGCUGUGCAAACCCUUUGAUGAGUUGUCACAGAAGAUAGAUGCUCAUACACAAGAAGUUGAGCAAGCCGCACACAUUGAGCACAUGACAAUGACAAGGAAUAUUGGGCUUCGAGUUCAAUCCCAAGGGGCUAUGGGAGGUACUCCGGCGGCGGGUCCGCACCAAAAAAUAGUUUUUAUGCCAAAUAUUCUACACCCACGAUUCACGGGCCGGGUCGGGCAACUCGAAGAAAUAGGUCAGUUUUUGGAUAAUGCACGUUCUUCAGGUUCGACCAAGCGGGUAGCAAUUUAUGGAAUGCCCGGUGCCGGAAAAACCCAACUCGCCCUAAGAUAUGCGACUAAAAAUACUACCUUGUACCCAAAUAUUUUCCACUUCCAGGCAACAGCAAGGGAACAACUUAUUCAGGAUUACCAAUCUCUUUGUGGUCUCCUUGGCUUACGUCGGGCAGCAUCCAAUGAGCCGGAACUCGAAAUUGAACAAGUCAAGGGGUGGCUGGUAAACAACUCCGAUUGGCUUAUUAUAUUCGAUAACGUUCUCGAGAUCGCCACUGUUCAUGAUUUCAUUCCUGCAGUUUCAUCAGGCUCAAUUAUCUUCACAAUGCGGGAUAGGAAUAUAGCAAGAUACCUAGGAUCGGCGGGGAUGCUUGAGCUUUUGCCAAUGGGGGACGAUGACGGGAUCGAUUUGAUACUCAAUAUUAUGGGGCAACAUACCCCAUGUGUGGAUUCCGGAUUGCGGAAAUUGGCAGCUGAGCUCAAUCGUGAGUUUGGAGGCCUGCCUCUUGCCUUGGAGCAGGGCACUUCUUAUGCUAUGGACCGGGAUUGGACCCUCGAACGGUACCUUGAUCAACUACGAAAACAAAAGCUGGAGACAUUGAAGCUAAAGGGGACCAGUAGCUCCGACUUCCACUCAUCAUUCAUGCUUACAAUACAAGGAAUCACACCUGAAGCUAUUAUCCUUUUAAAAAUAAUUUCUUACUUGGAUCAUCAAAAUCUACAUUUGAAUCUUUUCUCAGAGGCCGCUAAGACGAAGAAAAUGGCCGAUUUUCUUGCCGAAAAGGUCGUUGUCAUCAACCCACAGGCCGAGUUUACCGCAUAUCUAAAAAGACUUCUACUAGAUCCGGAUCUGAAGGAGCUAGAGCAAGCAAUAGCGUGCCUCCAAACCUGCGCACUUCUUCGAAGGAAAGGAGCAGUCACUACUCUGAGACACGCCGAAGCCCAAGAUAUACCUUUCUUAGAGACAGUGAAUGCGGUAGAUGUUUUAGUUGGCUACUAUGACAAAAGACAUCGCUUCAAUGAAUCCCUACCUUGGUACGAGCGUGCACUGGCUGGGCGUGAGAAAUCCCUGGGGAAGGACCACCCCGAUACUCUCACCACGGUCCACAGCAUGGCUUCGGUGUUCUACAAUCAAGGCGAAUAUGGCAAGGCACUGGAGUGGUACGAGCGUGCACUGGCUGGGUGUGAGAAAUCCCUGGGGAAGGACCACCCCGAUACUCUCUCCACGGUCUACAGCAUGGCUUCGGUGUUCUACAAUCAAGGCGAAUAUGGCAAGGCACUGGAGUGGUACGAGCGUGCACUGGCUGGGGAGGAGAAAUCCCUGGGGAAGGACCACCCCGAUACUCUCUCCACGGUCCACAGCAUGGCUUCGGUGUUCUACAAUCAAGGCGAAUAUGGCAAGGCACUGGAGUGGUACGAGCGUGCACUGGCUGGGGAGGAGAAAUCCCUGGGGAAGGACCACCCCGAUACUCUCUCCACGGUCCACAGCAUGGCUUCGGUGUUCUCCAGGCAAGGCGAAUAUGGCAAGGCACUGGAGUGGCACGAGCGUGCACUGGCUGGGGAGGAGAAAUCCCUGGGGAAGGACCACCCCGAUACUCUCUCCACGGUCCACAGCAUGGCUUUGGUGUUCUCCAGGCAAGGCGAAUAUGGCAAGGCACUGGAGUGGUACGAGCGUGCACUGGCUGGGCGUGAGAAAUCCCUGGGGAAGGACCACCCCGAUACUCUCUCCACGGUCCACAGCAUGGCUUCGGUGUUCGAGAGUCAAGGCGAAUAUGGCAAGGCACUGGAGUGGUACGAGCGUGCACUGGCUGGGGAGGAGAAAUCCCUGGGGAAGGACCACCCCAGUACUCUCUCCACGGUCCACAGCAUGGCUUCGGUGUUCGAGAGUCAAGGCGAAUAUGGCAAGGCACUGGAGUGGUACGAGCGUGCACUGGCUGGGGAGGAGAAAUCCCUGGGGAAGGACCACCCCAGUACUCUCUCCACGGUCCACAGCAUGGCUUCGGUGUUCGAGAGUCAAGGCGAAUAUGGCAAGGCACUGGAGUGGUACGAGCGUGCACUGGCUGGGGAGGAGAAAUCCCUGGGGAAGGACCACCCCAGUACUCUCUCCACGGUCCACAGCAUGGCUUCGGUGUUCUCCAAUCAAGGCGAAUAUGGCAAGGCACUGGAGUGGUACGAGCGUGCACUGGCUGGGGAGGAGAAAUCCCUGGGGAAGGACCACCCCAGUACUCUCUCCACGGUCCACAACAUGGCUUCGGUGUUCUACAAUCAAGGCGAAUAUGGCAAGGCACUGGAGUGGUACGAGCGUGCACUGGCUGGAGAGGAGAAAUCCCUGGGGAAGGACCACCCCAGUACUCUCUCCACGGUCCACAACAUGGCUUCGGUGUUCGAGAGGCAAGGCGAAUAUGGCAAGGCACUGGAGUGGUACGAGCGUGCACUGGCUGGGCGUGAGAAAUCCCUGGGGAAGGACCACCCCAGUACUCUGAGUUCGUCUCAAUCUGUUAAGAUAUUACGAAAGAUUUUGGUUCCUGAACUACCAUAG